GAUUGGUUCAAUUUUAAUGGGUGUUGGGGAUUUCAGGUGGAAAUUGUACCGCGAUUUUAGCGUUUUUUCGAAGAAAAAACAAACGUACUUUCAUGUGUGAUCGACUUUUGUGGAUAUAAGGUGCCGACUGAAGACAAUUCAAAAUGAAAGAUAGGCUGCCAGCGCUGAAAGCGUCACAAAGCGAUGAGGAUGACAUGCCAGACGAUGUCGCCGUCAAUAUGGACGAUGGUCGGUUCAUGGAAGAGUUUUUCAAAGAGGUUGAAGAGAUACGAAUUCACAUUGAUCAAAUACAAUCAAACGUAGAAGAAAUGAAAAAGAAACAUAGCAAGAUCCUAAGUUCUCCUCAACCAGAUGAAAAAGUCAAGGAAGAACUCGAAGAACUCAUGGCAGAUAUCAAGAAAACCGCAAACAAAGUUCGUGGAAAAUUAAAGGUUAUUGAAAGCGGUAUAGAACAGGAAGAUAUAAAGUCAUCUGCAGAUAUUAGAAUAAGAAAAACGCAGCAUUCCACACUCUCACGUAAAUUUGUGGAAGUAAUGACAGAAUAUAAUGGCACACAAACAGAAUAUAGAGAAAGGUGUAAAGGACGCAUACAGAGACAACUGGAAAUAACUGGUAAAACUACAACAAAUGAUGAACUCGAGGAUAUGCUGGAAAGUGGUAACCCAGCGAUCUUUACAUCUGGGAUCAUAAUGGACACGCAGCAAGCUAAGCAAGCACUUGGAGACAUUGAAGCUCGACAUAACGACAUUAUCAAAUUAGAAAACAGCAUCCGAGAACUCCACGAUAUGUUUAUGGAUAUGGCGAUGCUCGUCGAACAACAAGGAGAGAUGAUAGAUAGGAUUGAAUAUAAUGUUGAACAAUCUGUGGAUUAUGUUGAGACGGCCAAGAUGGACACAAAGAAAGCGGUCAAAUACCAAAGUAAAGCAAGAAGGAAGAAAAUUAUCAUUCUAAUCUGCUGUGUUAUUCUCGGGGUGGUGAUUGCUGCGACCUUUGGUGGCGUCUUCGGUUGAAGCUUACUUUCUCAACCCUCCAUUCUUCCCUUCAUCUCUGUUCUCUUUCCUCUCCCAUCCCUUUGACGCAUCCCCCCUCCUUCCGACAGUAUGUGUGUUCAUAACAACAGAC